UUGUGCUGCUGACGCAUUGAGCUUCCCAAGAAAGGCACUGGACUUGACUACAGUUGACUUGACUACAUACUGGCGGAGAACUCUGUAAGAAAAAGCUGACGGAAUACUUUAAAAGUAAAAGAUAGAGAUGGAUUUCUUAAAUCAUAAUUAUUUGAACGCGCGCACGCCCUAUGACUAUACCUUUAAUUUUUGGAAUGACUAUCUCGGCCUGUCGACACUGGUCACGAAGAAUAACAAGCACAGUGUGCCCCAAAGUCCUAACUCCAUCACGGAGUCCUUGAAAGCAACUCUGGGCUUGGAUGACUCUCCAGCGUGUGCGUGCGUAAUCUCGGGCAGCGGUGAAGGCGGACACCUGGACUGCUGCUGCCCCUCCGGGAGUCCCCCGCCUACCUCCAUCCUCGACUUGAAAGAGCGCUUCUCCAUAUUGAGCCCCUUCCAAAACCAAGGUGCGGGCGUCCCUCAACAAGACCGGGACCUCGGCUUUGGAGGAAGCUUCACGGGAUUUGAUCUGUUUGGCAUGGAGCGGAAGAUGCGGAAGCCAACGGCACGGAAUAAGCAGGAGCCCAAGAUCUGCGUCUUCUGUCGGAAUAACGGAGCCCCGGAGGAAGUGUACGGCUCUCACGUACUGAAAACACCAGACGGGAGGGUUGUGUGUCCCAUUCUCCGGGCUUACACAUGUCCAUUAUGCAGUGCCAACGGAGAUAAUGCGCACACAAUUAAGUACUGUCCACUCUCCAAAGAUCAACCAGCCCAGCGACCAUUAAAGGGAGGGAGGGCAGUAGGUGGUAAGCGAAUGAAAAUAUUCUAAAAGACAGAGCUUCAUACAUCGAGUAACUAAAUUUGAUUGCACUGAACAUUUCUUUCAGAUGACUGUGUCGAUUGCGGCUUUCCCAGUCCUAACUGCUAUGCUACAGGAUUUAAUAAACAAAUUAAAUAUCUUUUUUUUUUCAAAAUCUCGUAUAUUUUUAUAGAUACUUUAUUUCCAUAGUUUAUUGUAUUCGUUAUUCAUGAAAAGUAUAUAUUUUUUCCUUCACUCGUUAGUGUUUAGAUGUUUAUUCAUCAAAAUUCACAGUACACAAUCACUUUGUGUGAAUAAACAAUGUUAUUUUCUUAUGUGGGGAAGUAUACAUGUUGUCAUGAACAUUGGAGGUGUUUUGUUUAUGUUAACCCCCAGUAUUUUCCAUGUAAGCUAAGCUUACUCCUAUUAUCUUUUUAAACCAAAGUUAAGUUUGCCAUUAAUCAAGAUUAAGAAUGUUCCAUCUCUGUACCAUUUGAUACUGGAGUUUUCUGUAAACUUAAGUGUUCUUGGUAUGACAUUCAUAGCCCAUUCCUCCUCUCCUGCAGUCCACCACACAAUUUACUUCCCUCUGGGACUGACAUUUAAUAUGUGUAAGAGAAAAAAAGACUCACAAAGGAGUCUCUGUUAUGCAUUCAUGUUUUCAGAGUAACUUCAUAAUCAAUAGUUGCCCUGCCAAAUUACUCUCAACUUUGCUGACAGGAAUUGUUGUUUUCUUUGCCCAGGCUUAUUUUGAAAUAAGUUAAUUAGGCCAAUAUGAGGUACCUUUGAUGUUUACAUCCCUGACCAAGGGUUACACACUGGAUUUAAUGUCUUAUGGGUAUCUCUCUAGGACUGCACACUUCCCUUUCAACUGUUUCAUGAAUUCCACUUUGGGUAUUUUUCCAAAACCUUUACUGGGUGAAGUUAGAAGCACUCUACAAGAGUCAAUAUUGCAGUUUUACCAAGUCAGUGGUGGAAAUAUAGCACGAAUGAAUGUUAUUAAUAAAAAGAGCUUUUGUAAAACAACAUACUUGCCCCUUUUGCAUAAUGUAUCAUACAAAGUAUCCAAAAAUAGAUGCAAAAUAUUGUGAAUGUACAAUUGACUCUUGCAGGACUGCACAUGUCGAACAGUUGUGUUUACCAAAGGAAUACAAUUUUAAUGAAGUAAGGAACAUAGAUUUGCUGUAUUGUAAAUAAAAAGUUUAGUGAUGUUAAUUCAGUAUUUUAACAUUAUAAGUGACUUCAGAGGGUACUACCUCAACAGGAUUUUGUACUUACAUGUAAAAUGUCAACAGCAGUUUAUUAAUAUAGUGCUGCCAUUUAUAAUAAGGGUUUUUAAUAGUAUUUUUGAUCUUUGUAUAACAUAAUUGUAUUUUCUUUUAUUGCAUCCAACACAUGGAAGAGACUUUCCAAUAAGCUCCAAGCAUUGUUCGCCAAAAGGUGAUUGUUGUAAAUAAUGAUAUCCAUACAUUUUUUAAGUUGCUGUUCAAUGUUACAUUCUUGAGGCGUGAAAGAGAGAGAGAGAGAGAGAGAGCAAGAGAGAGAGAGAGAGAGAAAGAGAAUGGAAUAUGUUGAAGACAUUAGACAAUUUGCCACUUUUAACUGAGGUUUGUAAUUAAAUUAAAAGAGAGAAAAAAACACUGUUGAAUUUUGUUAUUUAUAUUUUGUCACAAUUCCCUGUAUGCUGCUGUGCAGAGAAAUUCCGAAGAUAUAAAUUCACUAGAGAAAUAAACAGCUUGUCUACUAUUUUAA